AUGGCUUUGAAAAUGAUAGACAUAGGCGCCAAUCUCACAGAUCCAGUGUAUACAGGCCUCUAUCGCGGCAAGCAUAAGCAUGAGUCGGAUUUAACCCACGUGUUGACGCGUGCCAAGACUUUUGGUGUUGACAAAAUUAUAAUCACGGGUGGAAAUUUAGAGGAAAGCCGCAAGGCCUUACAAUUAGCUAAAGCCUUUCAGAGUGAUAAUUUACCGCAAUUGUACUCGACUGUGGGGGUCCAUCCAACGCGUAGCAAUGAAUUCGAAGCGGAUGGAAAAGAUCCUGAUGUCUAUUUUGCAGAGCUACUUGCUGUCUGUGAGCUAGGCAAAAUGGAGGGAAAAGUUGUGGCAAUUGGCGAGUGCGGAUUAGAUUAUGACAGACUCGAGUUUUGCGACAAGACAACGCAAAAUACUGGUGGCGAAUUUCUUGAUAUUAUCGGUCAGAAUCGAUCGAGAUUCACUGAUGGUGUCGUGCACUCUUUCACGGGUGACAAGGAAGAAAUGCAAAAGUUGGUGGAGCUCGGACUGUACAUCGGGGUGAAUGGCUGCUCAUUAAAAACUGAAGAAAACUUGGAGUGUGUCAAGGCGAUUCCUCUUGAAAAAUUAAUGAUUGAGACGGAUGCGCCUUGGUGCGAUAUCCGUGCAACCCAUGCUGGUUAUCGAUACGUGAAGACGUCAUGGCAGAGCAAAAAAGCCGAAAAGUACGCAUCCGAUUGUCUUGUGAAGGGACGCAACGAGCCAUGCACACUUGUUCAAGUACUCGAAAUUGUCAGUAUCAUUCGCGGCGAAAGUAAAGAAAAAAUUGCUGCCCACGUUUUGGAAAAUACGAAAAGAGUCUUUUUCAAAUUUGAAUAA